AUGGCUUCUGGAGAGUCCAAUUUCUUGGUGUAUUCAGUUUUACUACUGUGUUUGUUGGGGUUCGCAAGUACAGCAGCAGCAAGCGACAGUAAAGUUGGCUCUGUAGAAAAGAAGAAGGUAUUCAUUACUGGGCAGCGCAUCGAAGUUAUCAUUUCGUCAACCAAAGAGGAUACGAAUGUUUCGCUGAAACAAAUUUUACAAAAGCUGGAGUCGAUGAACGCUGAAACUAAGAAACUGGUCAAAGACGUUCAAGCUUUGAAAAGACAAAUCCACACAUUGGACGACAAAGUUGGAAAUGCCUUGCUGUUUCCGCGUCGGGGAAAAAGCGACUACGUCAUUAUCCGUGGCAGCAUGCCGAAUCUCUCAGCUUUGACAGCUUGUUUGUGGAUGAAAGCCGCUGAUACGAAUAUAGGAACUCCCCUGGGCUACGCUGUGUCUGAUCAGGAUAACGAGUUUAUCAUCUACAACUACAAGUCAUUUAUGUUGUUCGUAGGAGGUAGCUACAGAGAGACGUAUGUUUCUGCCAUUGACGGGAAGUGGCACCACAUCUGCGCAACAUGGGAAAACAUGGCUGGAUCUUGGAAGUUGUACAAAGAUGGUGCUGUUGCGGAUCAAGGUCAAGGAUUGCAGAAAGGUUACGUGAUCCGUGGUGCUGGAUCUCUAGUGUUGGGACAAGAGCAAGACUCAGGAGCAGGAAGAUUCAAUGCGCUUCAGAGUUUUGUUGGCGAAAUGACGGGUGUCAAUAUAUGGAAUCGAGUCAUAGAUCACCACGAGAUUGUUAGUAUGUCGAAAUCGUGCCGGGCAGGGGAGGGAAACGUGUACAAGUGGUCCGAUUUUAAGCCUCACAUAAUAGGUGGAGUUCAGUUGGUUUCUCUUUCGUGUGCAAUUUAA